AUGGGCACCUGCUCAGAAGACCCCCACGUGUGCGGGGCCUCCUGGCUCCUGCGAUUCACCAGCCUCCUCCUCAGUGAGUGGCCCGGGCCCCCUGGGAGGGAGGCCGCUGGGCGGGCAGGGAGGCAGGAGCUCCUGGGCUGGCUGGGGUCUGGGCUGAAGAACCAGACGGAGCAGCUCCGUGUGGACCCCGGUGUGCCCGGCCCGCUCUGGACAGUGAGCUGCCUCGGCCGAGGUUGUGGGGGUGGGGGGACGGAGCAGCCGCUCAGGAAGAGCCUGACCGGAGCCACGCGGCAGCUGCCCGUGAUCGGCAGAAACACCAGCUGGGCCAGGCCGGGUGGCGAGUGCGGCCAACAAGCACGAGCAGAGAUCCCGCUAUUUCUAGACGGUGUCUGCAGCGCUGUGACCCAGCGUCCUGGAGCCCGUGGGUCUGCCAUGGACGAUUCUGGAAACCCUGUUACUCUGAAGGGGACUCAAGGAGCUUCUGUGCUGUUUCUAGUGAUCAGAAAUCCAGAAUUACCUCCAGAAUUUGAGUUGGAGAAGAUGUCUUGGGGCGUCGCAUCCAGAUCCAAUUACAUAGUCAUGCUGUAUGUGUUUCCUGGGAGAGAUGUUCCACAAUGGGUCAACUUCCAGGACAAGUUCGAGAAGAGGGUCCACGUGCUCAACGCAACGACGCUGAGGAUUGACAACCUGACCCUUGAGGACAGUGGGCGGUACCGGGCUCAAGCGUCCUAUACGAGAGGAAGACAGUAUGACCAGGAUUUCUACCUGAUGGUCUACGAGCCUGUGCCCCGUCCCCAGAUCCAGGCCAUGGAUCUGUCCCUCACACCAGGCGGGUGCAACGUCACAGUGGAGUGUAACACCACGGAAACCAGGGAGGACCUGACCGUGUCCUGGGAGAGCGAGGGCCUCCCCAGGGAGCUGGAGCAGAGACCGGCCCCAGGACCAGCCCCCAACCCCUGGACACUGACUGUGAACCUGCCCCUGAGCCGGCCCAGCCCCAGCCUCAUCUGUGUGGUCAGCAACCAGGCGGACCAGAAAACUGCCACCCUGGACCUUGGGGACGUCUGUGGCCGCGCUAUCUCCUCACCAAGCUUCCAGACUGUGGACAACCCCAGCAUCUCGCACACCCUGGAAAGGACUGUGGGGACAUCUGUCCAGCUGCAGCUGACCUCCUCCUUGUACCCGAAUGUCCGAGAGAUUGAGUGGAGUUGGCAUUCUGAGACUGAGAAAGAAGGGAUCCUGGUGUCCUGGAAACUUAAUGCCACUCCUGACUGGUAUGAACUGGAGGAAAAAUACAGGAGCAGCUUCUCUCUGCUAGAGCCAGCAGUUUUGAGCAUCAGGAAUCUCACCACGGAAAUGAGUGGAUGGUAUACAGCAAGGCUCAAAUUCCGCACAGGAAAAUCCCAGAAGGAAGUCUUUAAACUCUGUGUAUAUGAGCCCAUCCCCCACCCCCAGAUCGUGAUUCAUUCAUCAUCCAACCAGGCAGGCUGGUGCAAUGUCAGUCUGGAGUGUGGGACCCCAGGAGCCACAGAGAUCUGGACAGUGACCUGGCUGAGUGAGGGGCUUCCCAGGGAGCUGGAGGAGAGAGAGGCUCUGGGGCCAGCCCCCAGCUCCAGGAAUCUAAGCCUGAGCCUGCCCCUGAGCCAGCUCAAUGGCCCCCUCACCUGCAGGGUCAGCAACCCCGUGGACGAAAAGAAUGCAACCUUACUCCUGCAGAACAUCUGUCUGUGGAAGGGUUCUCAGAGCAAGUGGCUUUGGAGAGGCGUCUUGUUCACAGUUCUGAUGCUGAGCGUGGCCUGCGGAGUGUGCAUCUGGGUGAGGAAGAAGAUACAGUCCAGGAGGGGCAGGUCCGCUCUGCUACCCACAGAGCUGGGCUCAGCAACGAUGCCCCAGGCCCCGCCCACAGAGGAACCUGCUGGCCUGCGGACUGCAGGGGCCCACAGCCACAGUCCUCCUGACGUGGAGAUCAGCCUCCUGAGACACCCCAAGAAUGACAUGGAGAGGGACAGCUGCCAUCCCCCUAAGCCCAAGUGCAGCCCAACCGUCUACACUGUCUACGAGAAGGUCCGGAUGAGCCGAAUGACCCAGAAGGACACCUAGGUUAACGAAGACGUUGAGUGUUUAAUAAGAGUGACUCCGAAGCUCAUCCUUGUGUUCCGAACUUAUUGCAAGUGGUCCAAGCGUGUCCCUGUUAAGCAUGAUGUUUAUUGUAAGGUUUUUAAGGCAUAUCUAAAAAGUAUGUCCUUAGUAUUACUUUAUCAAGAAUUUUGCCAUGAAGAAAAUGUGAGAGUUUCUUCUUUCCCUUUUAUCAUCCAUGAUGAUGUUAUCCGGUUUUCCUGUUUUUCCUCUGUGAAUAAUACAUUAAUAGAUUUCCUCCUAUUGAACUGUUCUUAUGCUACUGGAAUAAAUCCCAGUUGCUGUAUUAUUUUCUUAAUGUGCUACUGUCUGAUAAUAUUUCCAUUUGGGAUUUUACAUCAUUAUUCAUAAACAAAAUUGUCCUGUGUUUUCUGUGGUUUACUUUGUUAGUUUGGUAUUUGUAUUAUGCUUAUUAGGGGUUCCUUCUAUCUCCACUUCUUGUAAUAAUUCAGUAAAAAUUUGCUUUGUAGUCCCAAAAAAGAGUCCUUAAAAAAAAAAAAGAAUUCUUGGGGCUCCUGAGUGGCUCAGUUGGUUGAGUGUCUGCUUAGGU